AUGUCUAACGCCUACUUCGACAUCACCAUCAACGACCAGCCCGCGGGUCGCAUCGUCUUCAAGCUGUACGACGAUGUCGUGCCGAAGACGGCGAAGAACUUCCGUGAGCUCGCCACCGGCGCGCACGGUUUCGGCUACCAGGGCUCCUCCUUCCACCGCAUCAUCCCCAACUUCAUGCUCCAGGGUGGUGACUUCACCCGCGGCAACGGCACCGGCGGAAAGUCAAUCUACGGCGAGAAGUUCGCGGACGAGAACUUCCAGCUGAAGCACACCAAGCCUGGCAUCCUCUCGAUGGCCAACGCCGGCAAGAACACCAACGGCUCGCAGUUCUUCAUCACCACGGUCGUCACCUCCUGGCUCGACGGUGCCCACGUCGUCUUCGGUGAGGUCACUGAGGGCAUGGACCUCGUCAAGAAGAUCGAGGGCCUCGGCUCCGCAUCCGGUACCCCGAAGGCGAAAAUCGUCAUCGUGAAGAGCGGCACCGUCUGA